AUGAUAUCCGCCGUUAUUCUCUUCGCCGUCACGGUGCUCUCGGCGGCGGUUGUUUCUUCAUCUCCGAUCACUCUUUCACUUGAAAGAGCUUUUCCGACGAAUCACGGAGUUGAGUUGAGUUAUCUCAAAGCAUUGGAUAGUGUCAGACAUCGAAGAUUUUUGCAGGCUACUAGCUAUGUUGUUAAUUUUCCUGUUAAAGGAUCCUUUGAUACCUCAAAGGCUGGACUUUAUUUUACCAAGGUGAAUUUGGGAACUCCUCCGAGGGAAUUUUAUGUGCAGAUUGAUACAGGAAGCGAUGUUCUUUGGGUUAGUUGCGCUUCCUGCAUCGGUUGUCCACAAACUAGUGGUCUCCAAAUUCAGCUGAAUUAUUUUGAUCCUGGAAGUUCGUCAACAUCUUCGCUUAUCUCUUGUUCUGAUCAAAGGUGUAAGAAUGGAGUUCAGUCGUCGGAUAGCAGCUGUUCCAGCCGGAACAAUCAAUGUACUUAUAUAUUUCAGUAUGGAGAUGGUAGUGGGACGUCCGGCUAUUAUGUGUCGGAUUUGAUGCAUUUUGCUAGUAUUUCUGAGGAAUCGUCGUCGUCAAAUUCUUCGGCGCCUGUGGUUUUUGGUUGUAGCAACCAGCAGAGUGGGGACUUGACAAAGUCUGAUAGAGCAAUUGAUGGUAUCUUUGGAUUUGGGCAACAGGGCAUGUCUAUAAUUUCUCAGCUCUCUUCACAAGGAAUAUCGCCAAGAGUAUUCUCGCACUGCUUGAAAGGAGAUAGUAACGGUGGCGGCUUAUUGGUUCUUGGUGAGAUUGUGGAGCCAAACAUAAUUUAUAGUCCACUCGUUCCGUCACAGCCUCAUUAUAAUCUAAAUCUGCUGAGCAUCUCUGUCAGUGGCCAAAUUUUGCCGAUUGAUUCUGCUAUUUUUGCUACAUCAAACGAUAGAGGUACCAUUAUUGAUUCUGGAACAACUUUGGCAUACAUUGCUGAACAGGCUUACAAUCCCUUUAUCAAUGCGAUUACUGCUGCGAUUCCACAAUCUGUGCGCACUGUUCUUUCCAGAGGAAAUCAGUGUUACUUAGUUACCACCAGCCUUGACAUGUUUCCUCAAGUAAGUCUGAACUUUGCUGGUGGCGCAUCUCUCGUUUUAGGACCACAGGACUACCUUAUAAAGCAGAACUAUAUUGGAGAUGGAUCAGUUUGGUGUAUCGGCUUUCAGAAAAUUCCAGGUCAAGAUGUAACAAUUCUAGGAGACCUUGUAUUAAAGGACAAAAUUUUUGUCUAUGAUCUUGCUGGUCAACGCAUCGGAUGGGCUAACUAUGACUGUUCGUUGUCGGUUAAUGUUUCUGCAUCAACUGGUAGCGGCAGAAGUGAGUUUGUCAGCGCGGGCGAGAUAAGUGGAAGCACUUCUUUACGCGAUGGAUCUCACGAGUUGAUAAAGAGAAUAUGGGUCUUUGCUGUCUUCAUGCACAUAAUAUUGAUAUGCUGUUUUGUAUUCUUGUAA